AUGUCCCAGAUCACCCUCUACAGCUGGCCCACACCUAACGGUAUCAAGGCAUCCAUUACCCUUGAAGAGCUAGGCCUCCAUUAUAAAACACACGCCGUCGACAUCUCCACCAAUGUGCAGAAAGAAGACUGGUUCUUGAAAAUCAACCCCAAUGGUCGCAUUCCCGCCAUCCUCGACGGAGACCAACGCGUCUUCGAAAGCGGAGCUAUCAUGCUCUACCUAACUGACAAGUAUGACCCGGAAAGGAAACUUAGCUAUGCACCGGGGUCCCCGGAGUAUGUGGAGGAGCUAUCCUGGCUGAUGUUCCAGAUGGGAGGUGUCGGGCCGAUGAUGGGUCAGGCCGAGCACUUCAGGCUCUUUGCCAGCAAACGCUCCGACUACGGCAUUAAGCGGUAUAUCGACGAGACUAAGCGCUUAUACUCAGUCCUCGACUCCCGGCUCAAAGAAAGCCCUUACCUGGCCGGAUCAAAGUAUACCAUUGCCGACAUUGCAAACUUUUCGUGGGUACAGAUCGGGCCAGCUGCCCUAGAGAUUGACCUAUCCGAGUGGCCAGCUUUGGAGAAGUGGGUGGAAAAGAUUAAGGAGCGCGAGGCGAUAAAGAGGGGCAUGUUUAUACCGAAGACUGGUACGAGCCCUGAGCAGAUGGCUGAGCGGUUUAAGGCUUCUCGCGCUAGGAUUGAUGCUAUGGUCAACACAGAUGCGCAUUAG